AUGGCGGAUAAAAUGGAUGCAACAAACUUGGAGGCAGAGUUCAAGGCCUUGAAACUCAAGGGCAAGCUUUUGCAGAGAACACUCUCUGACGUGUCCUGCGAAUACGGAGCUUUCAUGAAGCAGUACAACGAGGCGAAUGACCGUAUGCUCAUUGAGAGCAUCAAAUCGCCGGACACGGGACGGAGUACCGAUUGGGAAACUCAGAGCAAGAAUGCCGUCGUCGUAAUGCUGAUCGAUGCAUCAAGUCACAAGUUUUGCGACGAAUUAUUUGACAAGAAAGUCCCACGCGGCUCCGAAGCUUCAGUUCUCCUGCGUAAUGCAUUAUGCGAGAAACUAAAGGCCAAGUUUCCCGAUCUGGCACAUAGCAAGUACUGCUUGGUCAUACGUAUAUUCGCCAGCCUCGAGAUGCUAUCAAUGACCACGGCGACGAGCGACAAGAGUACGUCACUUGCGGGUUUCCUUGCGGAUUUCGGAAGGGUCGGCACCUUCUUCGAUCUUGUGGUGACACCAGAUGAUCGUGGUAUCAAGAACAAGAUAUGUGGCAACCUGAAACUCUACACGGCCAGCGAGCAAUGCAAACACGUCUUCUUAGCAGCUGCCGGAUCGCCAUGGUAUCACCAAGCUUUAGAGCCUUAUCGUGGACAGACUUCGAAGAUAACAUUAGUAUUCGGAAAUGGCUUGGACAGUGGAUUGAGGAAGAUGGGUCUGCUCCUCGUUUCAUUCCCAGCAGUCUUCGAGCCACCUCCUAAGUUCAAGAUAAAGUCGGGCAGCACAACUAACGGUACUAAGCCUAUGGAGAAACUUGGGGCCAAGUCCGAGACCGACGCAACCCCAGGAGAGCAUGCCGAUACCAAUGCGAAAACCACGGACGUUAAUUGCACCGAGAAAGCUUUAUGGUCACCUCUCUUCUCCUUCCAACUGCCAGCCUGCUACAUCGGCGGUCGCAUCCCUAUCAACAGCGCAAAGCAGCGGAUCGACAUCUACGUACGGGCGCCAACAACCAAAGAGUUCAAAUCGUACGACGCACGCUCCAAAGUCCAGUAUCACCUCUGCAUCGACUACUUCCUGCGCAACAAAUGUGGAGACGUCAACUGCGAAUUCUACCACGGUACCCUUGAACCCGAAGUACACUACGUUCUACAGCAUACAACGAUGGGUACAGCAUGCUCAAAGGGUAGCGUCUGCCGUAUUGCGAAUUGUGCUUAUGGUCACAUUUGUCAGCGAGGCGAGUGUGGUCGUGCGGGAAAGAGGGUUGAGGGAUGUCGCUUGCCGGGCUCGAUGCAUGGGCUGGACACCAAGGUCGCUGAAUGGGUAUCUCCGGACGAAGACAAUGUGCGUCCUCGAGUACCCGCUCAGAGCAGUACUGCGUUAGCGACUGGAGCCUAUGCAGGCGGCGGUGUUGCUCUUUCGAUUGAAGAGGAUCUCCUUGGAUAG